AUCCAGAACCCAUCAUCGCGUUUUCUGCUUCUUGACCACAAAUGGAGACCCCGUUCUGUCACCGCCCACACAUCUGACAGAUGAUCGAUCAUGCAAAGAAGAAAGUCAACAUAGACAAACGCCGUGCCCAUGCUUUUUGAAGAAAAAUAUAAAAAACAUAUCAGGUAAUCUUACAAUACUCUCUAAGGAGUCCUCGAGCUUUCUACACCAGGGCACCAUUCGGCCUUCCCGAAUCCCAUCCCCAGUCCUGAAGAGGCAGACAACUAGCCACCUAGUCCUCCUCAUCGUAAAACUCUUCCAGUUCAUCCUCCUCGGGCUCCCCCAUCACACUCCUCCACACCCUGCCCCACAUCCCCUUCUUCUGCGCCAACGCCAACACCAUCACAACAGGCAAAUGCCACACACUCGCCCAAAACAACCCCUUCGCACUCCCCUUGUGCCCCUCAUGCUUCCAAAACUUGACCGCCUCGGCAACAAGCCACAAGUUGACCGGCGCGCUCGUGACAGCAAAACUCCACUCCGUUACCCCAGCCGCGCAGAGCCCAAGACAAAUAGGAAUAAACACCAAGCUGUACCUCAGCGCAACCCUUGAAUUCCUCGCCGGGUUCGUCCAGGCCAGCAUCCUCAACCCGGCAGCCUUGUACUCCUCCCUGAUGCCCCACGACAGCGGCAUAAAGUGCGGAAACUGCCAAGCAAACAAUAAACUGGCAAACAGCCACCCUCCCAAGCUGGAGCCAUCGCUCGCAAAGAGGAGCUCCCUCCACGUCCCAUCGGCCGUCGCGCUCUCACCAGCAGCGGCAGCCCAGCCCAUCAGAGGUGGGAUACCGCCUACAAUGGCGCCUACCCAUGUGUUGAGCACGGAAAGCCGUUUUAACGGGGUGUACAUGCCGGCGUAGAUGGCAAUGUUGCUCGCGCCGAGGAAGGCAACGGUGGGGUUGACGCCCCAGUAGAGAGCCAGUGUGCCUGCUGCGCCGCAGCCGACGGCGAACAAGAUGGCCGCUUUGGUGGUUAAUAACCUCCUGACUAGCGGUCUUGCUCGUGUGCGGGACAUUUUGGCGUCGGUGUCUGGCUCGUAGAGCAUGUUGAGCGCGUUGGCGGCUGCUGAGCAGAGGGUUGUGCCGGUUGUGAGGAAGAGGAGGGUUAAUGGUGAGAGGGAGGGUGUGGCAGUCGCGGCUGUGGAGAGAAAGGCCGGGACGGGGUAUAAAGCGUAGGGGACCAUGGCUGAGAGAACAACCAAGACUGUCAACCGCGGUUUCGAGAGUGACAGUAGAGAUGAUAGCUUUCGUCGGAGGGAAUCGGCCGGAUGUUGGGCUGCUGCGGCAGCGAGAAGGGACGAGGCGUCGGGCGCCAUUGUUGCCGUCGGGGCAUCGCUGGUAGCAGAUGAGCCGCCCGAUCCGGCUCCGGACAGGACGGCGGCAUUUCGUCUUUCGGCUUGCCGCCUCCGGUGGGGAAGCAAGGUGCUUGUGUCGGUCACAUCGGGCGUCGAUGCUGUCGGAGCGACAUUGGUGCCAUUGAAUCGAGCCAAGAGGCCGUUCGACACAAAGUAGCCGGUCCGUAGGGGGGUAGUGUUGCGCGGUUGUGUUGACCUGGUGAAGAACCUCGCGGGGUAGUUCGGGACAGGCCGUUCGGCUCCUCCUUUCAGGAGGGCGCGCUUGGUGCACUGCCGGCACGCGCUGUUGUCGAAAACACCAGACCGGAGUCUGAGACCGGGUAUUGGCGGUGGCAUCGUCGUUCAGGCGCCGGCUCGCAUCGCCAUCGUCGCCGUCAAUUGGAUCUUUUUGGGUGAAACUCGAUCACCAGCUCCUCUCCAGCUUCAGCGUGAGUGGCUCGCUAGUAUUUUUUGGCCCGCGCGCCAAGCGGUUGUGUGGCAGCUGAUGUGGCUGAUUGCGCCCCGCAACGUUAGCCUCCACUGUGGCUCGUUUGGGAGCUUGGGCCUCACCUGGAACAGACAAUCGACGUCAUCUCUUUUGAUGCUGAACGUUUUGACAAUUCCAUCAAGACUCGAGCGGCCGCUGAAUGCGCCUACGAUGGAAACCAGAGGUGUAUAAGCAGACACCCCCUCGGUUCUGCCUUUAGCCGCGCGUCCGGAAGUUAUGAACCCGUUAUGCAGUUUGAUCCUUCAACUCCGAGUUUAGGAGAAAACAAUGAACAGCGUCUAAACCGCCAAUCGCACCACAGCAAUCUCGAAAUUCCAUCCAAGUCCAAACAAUUGGUCCCAGGAGUCCGGUUUGCCAGCCUGACGGAAACACAGCACAGGAAGACGCGCGCGAUCAUCACCUGCUUGCUAGGUAUUCCAUCAUCAUCAUCAUGCCAUGAUGGUUAGACCCCGUUGUUUGUCUGCAUGUCGCAGGGCCAUCACAUCAGAGACCGACCACAGUGCGGCUGGCUAAGCGGAUACAGCUCCCGUUCCCAGCAACGGCCUACGAUCACGGCCCAACAGCGAUCUGGCGUUACAUGGCCCAGCUGGCCCAGCCCGUGGCUUUUUGACAGGCCUGGUCGUACCAAUCCCGGCAGUUCGGAUCUGGGUGUCACUUAGAAAGCUUCCCGAGAGGACCUGAAAGCGAGCUCGGAUUCUGCAACAACACAAGUGCCGAACGCCACAAACAUAUUCCUGCCAAGAUGGCAAUGCUUCGGGAUCUCAAGUGCCGUGCUAAUUGUCCAACAUUUCUUUUUUGAUGCCUGCGUCCGGGUACGAAGCCCGAAGCUCCGGAGGGUGGGUCCGUCUUCGGUCCGCAAAUUGCGGGGGCUCCCGGAGCGGCAUCCGGCACUACGGCUGCAACCCGAACGUCAUCACUGGUUUUGGUCUGGUGCUUGCCAACGCACUUUCCCCGCUCAUCCAGUCUGUCAGAAAAUAUACCAGAAACUGUCAAUAUUGGCUGGGUUUAGUCGUCAACAACUUCAUUGAAUGAUCAAUAUUCACGGCUAGGUUCUGUAAAGUCCAACCACUUCCUUGAUUAUCACCGACUCCUUAUUUCCACCCCCACGUUCGCCCCCUCUUGCACCCGAACCCAAUCAUGACUAGCCUGCUCGAUGAGCUCAGGGGACUUAGCUCCGUUGCUUGUGACACUCUUGACGCCGAAGUCGCCUCCAGAUUCGGCCCAUUUGUAGAUUGCACCUCCAAUCAAGCCAUAGCAUACAAUGAACUCAGCAAACUCGACUCAGACGGCAAGCUGGUCUACCAGCAACUCAUACACGAGUCCAUCGAGGUAGCCCACUGGAUGUUUGCCAAACAAUCCGACGCCACCCUCGAAGAGCUCGCCGUCGAGCUCAUGAUGGUCAACCUAGCCCUCCUGAUAGCUCCUCACAUCACCGGCCGUCUGCACAUCCAGACGAACCCCAAGCUAGCUUACUCGACAGCCAAGACUAUCAAAAACGCAGAACGAGUCCACUCCCACUUCACCCACCUCUCCCCCUCCCUUUCCCCCAGUAGAAUCUGCAUCAAAAUCCCCUCCACCCACGAAGGCCUCCUCGCAUGCCGACACCUCGAAGCAAAGGGCAUCACCACCCUCGCCACGACGUUGUUCUCUCUCGAACAAGCCAUCCUCGCCUCUGCGUCCUCCUGCCGGUAUGUAGCCCCUUAUGUCAACGAAUUAAAAGUCCACUUUGAGCAAGGGUACGUCGACCCGGACAGGGACAACUCCCUUUUUCUUUGCGGGGUGAUGCAGGAAUAUUUCCGGAGGAGGGGGGUCGGGAGGACGGAGGUGAUGGCGGCGAGUUUUGUGACGGUGGAGGAGGUGAUGCAGCUUGCGGGGGUGAGGAAUUUGACGGUUUCGCCUGGGUUGUUGGAGGUGCUGGCGGGGACGAAGGUGGAGGGGUGGACGGGGGCGACGGUGGGGAUGGUGGGACGGUGGGUUGGGGGGGAGGGGGGGUGGGAUGAGGGUAGGGUUAGGGAGGUGGAACGGGUUGUAAGAGAGGGGGAUGAGGGGGGGUGGAGGAUGGCUUUUAUGAGGGCGGAGGGGGGGAGGGCGGAGGGGAAGUUGGUGCAGGCGUUGAAUUUGUUUGUGGGGGUGCAGGAGGGGUUGGAGGAGGUUGUUAGGCGGGGGGUGAAGCAAGGGCUAUGA